CACCGCUCAAUACAUGUAUGCUCGAUUGCUUUAUAUAUUUAGAUAUAUAGUAUAUGUUUCAGUCGAUAACUUGCCUAUCAUACUAAAAGGACAGACAGCAAAUGGAGUAAGAUAAAGUUUCAAGUUAGAAAUUAAUCAAAUGCCAACACCACAUUUAACAUUAUGACGUCACUAUACGGUGUCAUAUUGGCCGUUACCGCCUUCAUCAGCCUUGCAAUGGCCAAUCAUUGUGACGUCACAGACACUCUGAAUAACCAAUGGGUCAACGUGGACCAAAUGAAAAAUGACCACGACCCAAGGUAUCUGUCAGAGACUCAAGUUAGUAGCCAGGAAGACUGCCAGAAAGCGUGUUGUCUAAAGGACGCAUGUACCGUGGUGAUAUAUGAUGCAAAGAUAAAUCAAUCGAGCACGAACUGCGUCCUUCUGGCAUGUUUGUCGGAUCAGAAAUGUGUAUUUGAGGAUAAAGACGACAAGGUGGCUUAUAUCAUCGAUAAAAACCACGAUGACACUGAUCAGAAUGGGACAACAGCUGCUAAAACUACCGUCACACCGUUACCCAGUGUUACAGACAAACAAGGAAGCGCUGCUUUGCCAGCACCUUCUGCUGUUGCAUCACAAACAACAACAACAACAACAACAACAACAACAACAACAACUGCAGCACAGAAUGCAAGGCUAAUAAAAGCAGGGACUUUGGCGUCAUCGUUGACAAAUGCAUCAUCAACAGUUGCUUCGCCUUCAUCAAAUGGUCACAAAACAUCAACGACAACAACACCCUCUCUUUCGUCAAGUGUAUUUUUGACAACAACCAAAAGUAGUUUAUUAAACUCAACAGAUCAAAAGUCGUUGACACCCCCAACAGAAUCUGGUUUAGUACAGAAACAAAAUGCUUCUAAUAUCAACGUACAAAACCAAACUGCUUCAGUCAAUGUUGAUUAUCCCAACAUUCCAAGCAAUGAUUCCAAUACUGAGGAGGCUGGUCAAGAAACCAAUUUAACAAUGUCAAAAUUGCUGUCCGAGGAGGAUAUAAGUCGACUCUUAAAUAUCACAGAGCCUUCCAUUGUAGUCAAUAAUCUCCAAAUCAAACCCCCUCCAACAACAACACAACCGUUUGUUAGUUUACUCUCUUCCUCAACUCCAUCAUCAUCAUCAUCAUCAUCAUCAUCAACACCACCACCACCACCACCACCACCACCAUCAUCAUCAUCAUCAUCAAAAACUCCACCACCAUCACUAACAACAACAACAACAACAUCAUCCAAAACUCCACCACCACCGCCCCCCUCAUCAUCAUCAUCAUCAUCAUCAUCAUCAUCAUCAUCACAACCACCAUCAUUAACAUCAACAUCAUCACCACCACCACCACCAUUAACAUCAUCAACAUCAUCAUCAUCACCAUCAUCAACCAUGACAACGACAUCAACAAUAAAGCUAGCAACAACAAUAUCGACCAUUUCGACGAAUCCGUCUGGACUGCAAUUAAUGAAUACAUCCACAGAUGUGACCAACAUGAAAUCAAACAAUACAAAGCAACAUAAUAUUACGGAAGGUGUUACGAAAAACGUUACGAACAGUCACCUUGACAACGUAGAGGAACAGACGGCUCCAUCCUCCGCCGUGGUCGGUGGACUGAUAGCCUUAGUGUGUUUUGGAUUCUUUUUCGUACUUGCCAUUGUUGCCAUUUUUGGCAAGAAAUUGUUUGAAACUUGGCAACGGAGACAUUAUUCUCGCAUUGAUUAUCUUGUAAAUGGCAUGUACAACUGAUCGAGGGAUAUUUAUAAUAGUUCAAGACAUGUUAAAAAAAUCGUGAGCAAUAAUAAACAUUGGUUUUUAAUCUUCAUGUAAACAUGUUGUUGCAUGGUAUUUCGGUUUUUUUUCUCGCACCAAGUGUUAAAAGUAUUUACAUCUUUUACUGUUUUUUUUGUAGAAUUGCAUAACUUUAUUUUUAUUAUGACUUUCUCGUGCAUCACUGACAAUCAAACACAGUUGUUCGACGCUGAUCUCCUAAAAGAAUAUUAUUUCGCUAAAAUCAAA